AUGGUCGAAUCGCCUCCGCUGCAACUGAGAGAUCAGCGCUGGUAUCGGUCAAGUCGCCCCUUGCUCCUCCUUUGCUCCGCCUUGCUGUUGGCCACCAUCGGUAUCCUGGGUCCCCCCGGGCCUGAGUCGCUCCGGUCGAGGUCUCCGGUGCAUGAGACAGUGGUGGAGUGCAGGACAGAUCCAGACUGCAUCCCGAGCCUCAAGGAGCUGGUGACGAGAGCAGCGCAGCGAUGCGCGAGGGAAGCAAGCUGUGUGUGCAACUGGAAUGAGGACGCCAAAGGGUGUUUCAUGAAGGAGAUCGACAAGCACCCGGACCUCCUGAAGGAGGCGAAGGCGCUGGAGAAGCUCAUCGUGGAGAGGGAGGAGAUCAGAGAGCAGAAGCAAGCCUUGAGGAGGAAGCUGCAGGGGGAACAAGCGAAGAUCGCGUCCCUGAUCGACAGGGGCAAGCGCAACAUCCAGCUGCACGACUUCAAAGACGCUGAGAAGGACGCGAGGAGGGCGAUCACGGUGAACAAGCUCGUGAAGAAGCUUAAUCGGGCCGCCGGCCUGCACAGCUGGCCAUCCAUCCGGCGGCAGGACGUGAAGAUCAAUCGGUUUGUGGGGCAGCUACAAGAUGCAAGGAGGGGGCUGAGGAGGAGGAGGAACAACGACAACGUUCGGCAUGAGAUCAAGGAGCUCUCCUCCAGCAUCCAUCGCAUCUCCAACGAGGUGCGGCAGGUUGGCUCCUACGUGGUGGAUGCGACAGCGCGAGAGACGAAGGAGAAGCAGGCGAGAGAGACGAAGAGGGACCUGCGAGCGCUGGUUCAGAAGAUCUCUGGAAUAGUCAGCAGCAUGCGCAAAAGGAAGGAGUCGAUGGAAGAGGCUUCUUCCUUGAAUGCUACUGAGAAGAGGUUUGCCGACGCCAUCGCUGAGGGGGAGAAGGCAGUCGCGCUCAACGACCAUCACCAUGCGGAGCAGUUCUUGCACGAGGCCCAGCAGCUCCACCUCCGACUGAUGGAGCAGAAAAAUCUUCCGUCCUCCUCCCCCUGCCGGGCUUGCGACGCUCUUGCCCAAACCAUCCAGCGAUCAUGA